AUGUGGUUUUACAGUUAUCUUCGGCAUCCCAAUGACGUGCCUUCCUUGUGUACUCACAUUCGAUCGAGCAAUAUUUUUCUGCGCCUCGGUCCGCAGUACUACUUGCCUGAAGACGAACGCAAAAGUCUGUUCGUCCGAACUUGUCACCUUCUCUAUUACCUUGCUAGCUUGCUCUUUCUGACAACGCUUACCACUUACACAGCCAUCAAAAUUCCUUCGAGCCCGUCUACCACCACUGAGCUCCUAUCCCAGUUGUUUCCCUUCAACUCGAUCGAUGACUGUAACGAACGGCUGAGCUGCAAAGUCGACUGUGUCCUGUACGCCUUUCCGGACUUGAACUGUGCCAAAGAUGAUGGCAGCCUGUUGACCUUUGGAGGGAACUCUUACUCGAGUCUGUAUUUCUACCAUUAUCCCGGCAAAGAUGUUCCCCUGCAGAAGGAAGCCAGGACAGCGUGGGAGCGCUGUUACCAGAUCAUGCGCGAAACCACCGGUAGACUCCAGUUCUUGCAGCAAGACAGAGAAACUGUUGAGCGGACGCACACUUGCUUCGCUGGGUGUAAAACAAACGGAGCGGUCACGUUCACGCAGAAACUCACCGACGGAACUCCAGUCGUCUUCGACUCCGGCACAGACUGGUUGCAGAUGGCACCAGCUGGAUCAUUGCCGCAAGACACGCGACCCGCAUGCAAUCCAAGCGAGCCUCCAUCACUUUUAUGCGUCGAGCCGACAGAUGAAUGCCAGCAUGUGACACUUCGCUACCAAGUGUGUAUAGGAGACACCGCCUUCUGUUUUGACAUCGUCCGCAUCCUCAUUACGAUUGCUCUCGGGGUUGUGUGGAAUGUUGUACUCGACGCGUUCGUCGUCUGGGCGAUGUCGAUCGAUGAUUCGGACCCCCAGAAUCUCGGCCGUGUCGCGUCCAAGUGUGGACUGCAGAUCAUCGCGACUGCCAUUAUCGUUUCCUCGUUCUUCUGUUUGGUCGCAUCUAUGACAAGGAUACUCUCAAUGGAUGCCAAUAUUGCCCGACAUGGCACGCUCUGGACAUCAUUCGUUCUCGUCAUCAUCAUUGACCAGCUUUUCAGCUUCCUCUUCAGUGUGCUCAUUUGGUACGCCAUGCUGCGCCGCUGUGGCCGGCAACUUCCGGACGAGAGCAGGUUCCAGUACAAAAUUCAUCCUUCUCCCGUCCUAGUGAAACUCAAAAAGGCGACGCGGAAGAUUGUGAACUACAAUGGCUUCGAGAUGUUCUUUACUAUGCUCCUCGGCUGGAUGGUCGUCGAUCUCACGUGUCGCAUGAUUCUCUGUCAAUUUUUCUUCGACGAGACCGCGUUCCUUAACCAGGCUGACCGCAUCCUGGAGGUUGUUGACUUCAUCAUUCUGAUUCUUUUCAUCGUUGAAAUUUGUCUCCGCAUUGCCGCCGACGGCUUGAAGAUCUACUUCUCCGACCCCAUCAACUGCAUAGACUUCUUCCUCGUUUUCUUCGGGUUCGGCAUCCGCAUUGUUGACUUCUUCAUCCAAAUCAACAAAGGCAUUGGCAAUGUCCUCUUUAUCAUGCGGCUUGUCCGCCUGUACCGGCUUCACCGGCCUCCGACAGGGUCGUUAGCGAUUGGAAAGAAAGAGGUUUUUACGAGCAGAGUGGAGCGCAUUAUAGCUGUGCUAAACAAGGCACUGGAGAUUGAGGAACUGACAACUCGAGAGAAAGACAGCCUAAAAUGGCUUAUUCAAACCAUUUCUUCUGGAAAACUCUACGAGAUGGGAUCGGAAGAAAAGAAGAAGACGGACAGUCACGUUCAAGCUUGGAUCUCGAUCAUAUCGACCCAGUCUCAAAGUGCCAAUCAGAUGGCAGACGACAUGGAGAACAUUCUUCUGGAAAGAGUGAAGCAAAUGACAAAGGCAGGAGACGCGGAGACAGAUAUGCCAGCUGUGCUCCAGCUCGAGUACGGAAUCGACGUUUCCCUUGACCAUGCCAUUGAGGGCUACCUAGCAAACAACCUGAUCACUUGGAAUUUCGACGUCUUCAGGUUCCAUGUGAUUGCCGGUCGAGCAGCUCUGCCAAAACUCUUCGUUCGAUGUCUUCAACAUCAGGAAGUGUGCUCACUCUUCAAUCUCAAGAUCGAAAACAUGCUUCGCUUCGCCAUGGAACUCGAGAAAACGUCCUUCUCCACAACACCUUUCCACAACUCCAUCCGGUCGGCAGAAGUUCUGCAGGCCAUGCAUCUGUUCCUCGCCUUCUUCGACACGCAAAUCAAAGGGUUCUUUAAUUCCAGAGAGAUCCUGGCGGCACUUCUCGCAGCCGUUGUCUGGGACUACCAACACCCAGGCUUCUCGUCUGCCUUUCUGAUCAAAACGCAGCACGCCAUAGCCAUUAGAUACAACGACAGAAAUGUCCUUGAACACCAUCACGUUGCGGCGGCAUUCAGCCUGAUGCAGAAGCUCGGAGAAAAUGAUCCUUUGUUGGCCUUCCCUGAAGAUCAGUACAUAGCGCUACGAAAAAUCAUUAUUCAGCUUUCUCAGUCUGGCAGUCGGUCGAACCAGACAGCAUGCUUAUCGCUGCUGAAGACGAAACUACAGCAAGCCGAAUUUCCUCGGUCUAUCACGGAAGACAAAAAUAUUAUUCUGUGCAAUUUGAUGAACGCCGCAAACUAUUCGUUUCUUGGGAGACCGCUGCAACUCUACUUGCAGUGGAGCCAGAAAUACAUGGAGGAACUCUUUAUGCAGGGCGACAGGGAACUAGAGUUAGAUAUGCCAAUCACAAAAAACUGCGACCGACAUACAACCUCAGAGGCAGUGGUCCAGCUGGGAUUGAUCGACGGCUGGGCCAUCCCGAUUUACAUUACGCUCGCCCAAACCGUACCGAAGCUGAACGCGAUUGUUGUGUCUCACCUGAGAAGAAAUAGGCUCCACUGGCUCGACGAGCAACAGGAAGAAGACAAGUCAAAGGAGAAGCAAACGAAAGUGACGCCAAUCAAGCGCUACUCGAAGACCAAGCAAGGAUCGACUGAGGCAACAGGAAACGGAGAACUGUCAAAGCCGGAAGCUACCACUGUUGAAAUCGCCGAUGGAACAGCCGGUGUGCCGGAGCUCCGGGCCAGCGCGAAUCCAUUAUCGGAGGUCGACUGA